AUGCCUAAGCGAUGUGCUGUUUUUGGCUGUAGAGGGAACUACCGAGGACAGCCACAUACUAAGGUUGUUCGCUUUCCAACAGAAGAAGCUGAACGUGAUAGGUGGAUUAAGGCAAUGCCUAAUGCGGGAUCUAGCCUUACAGGUCGUGAUUUAUAUGUAUGUGCCUCACAUUUCAACUGCAAGUGGGUUGUUUCAAGUGGAGGAAGACGUCCAAUAGGCCUUCCAUCAGUUUUUCGGGAUAUUGCAAAGUCCUGUUUAAAGCAAUCUCAGUCCAAAAAACGUUUGACUUCAUUGACAUCCAGUGAUGCACGGCAGCAGCAAAAAAAUAAACGCCAAAUGCAAGAAAAUAACAUUCUAAAUUUUGAUAAUUUUCUUCAACAGCUUCCAAAACGUUACCCUCACUAUAUUAUUAAGAAUAAUAAAGAUGAGGUGUAUAUGAGCCUGUUAAAUGACACAGCCAAUAAAGUUAAUCAGUUCUUGUGGUUCGAAAAAUCUGAGGGAUUAUGA